AUGUCUGAUACCAUUGAACCUUCUCGUGCCUCGUCCACACUUGGUAAAUGGGUUGAGGAACUUUACAACCGCAUUUUCGUUCAGCCAGACGAUCAGGUGUCGACGAAUGCUUUGAAGGACGAUGUUACCCCGGAUUUUGUUGCGAGAAUCAACCACGACCAAUUCACGCGUCAAACAUUCAUGGAAGCUAUUCAGAAGUUUCGCGUCGAUAACAGAACAAGCAUUCAGAGCACUAAGGAUAUACAAAUCUGGGAGGCAACCGACGGAUCUGGCGCUGGGUGUGUCGCGCAGUACAUGCAUUUUACCGACAUCAGCAAGGAGACUGGCGUUGGACCCAAGUCGUCUACUCUGCUGAUCGCAAGUGUUAAGGUUAUUGAUGGAAAGAGGAAGCUAGUUGAAUUGACUGAGGUGUUGAAGACAUCCGAGUAA